AUGGAGCUGACUCUAGACAGGAAGGAUGCCUUCAUGGAGACGCAUAGACUACACAGGAAAGGAUUCAGACCGAUACUCAGAGACGAAGGGCACCGCAUCAUUAUCCUUGUUCCGAGGCCAUCGCCUGACGAGCAGUCUUCCGAAGCUCUGGGGUUUAUCAAAUAUCAAAAGAGUAACGGCAGUACAUAUCACUUUGGCCAAUUCCAAUUCGUCUCUGCCGAUCGAGGCACUGGGACUGGGAUGGUCUUCCAAGAAUGGGCCUGA